AGCGACCAGUCCGUGAACAAUUGAAGCGUUCUGUGUGCUUUUUCCUCCUGUAUAACAGUUAGAUGACAAAGUUGACCGACAUUUACGUACGCGUGGCAUGUCGAUGCCGGAGGUUGUAUUCCCAAGAUGCAGAGGAACGUCAGGACGCAGCUUGCAGCAAGCGCCGCCGGCAGCUCCACUAGAAGCGCCCCGGGACACGCCCCUGCUCGCUCUUCCCGCAUCGCGGCCACGCGCCUGCACGGCUGCAGGCAAUCAGCAAUCUGCACACCUGUAUCUGAUGAGGGCAGACGGCAUAAAGACCAGCACACCCAAAGAUCCAGUGCCGGAACGUAGUUCACUCCACGUACUGUGCGCCUCACUUCUCUGGACUUCCCGCCGGACUUUGGACUGCUUCCCUCAAUCCUCGACCCCCGCACGGAAAUGGACCUCAACACCUUUCUCCAGCCCCCGACCUCUCGCUUGCCCAUGGACUGCCUUGUUGCCUUUCCCCUCUGGAAUUUUGAAGGAUCCAUCCAACACGCACAAACAACACACGGUGGUAACAUUUACAUUGUUAAGUCUUCACAUCGUCUUGCACCAUACACUCUUAGUAUCAUACACACCCCAGUACAUCAUCAAGUCUAGGUACGCUGAUGCGCAAUUGCCUGCAGCUUUGUCGCUGCGUGGGCGUGCUGCGCCCAGCGCGAGCAGGGCCGUGUCUGAGCGCGCAGCAGAGGUCCCGGCAGCUCCGGCUGCCGAGGAAAAGCAGCUGAAGGAGAUCGACCCGGCCGUGGAAAAAGGAAACGGCUACUGCAUGGAACAGAAAUCAAGUACCACCAUCAACGUGCACGAAACUCACCGAGAGUCUGUUUCCCAGGCCUUAGACUUCAUCUCCGAUAAUUUCCCAAGCGAGGUACCUAAUCUCAAUCCUUCUAAUGCUGAUUUACCUCCAGACAAUGAAGAUCCCCAUAGUGUUUCUAAUGUGUCAGAGGAGCCAGAGGUUAUGGCACUGCUGGAAGAUCCUGUGCUGGACACGGGUCUGAAGGGGGACAGCUCCCCUCUGCUAGUAUGUCUGAAAGUAAUGCAAAGCCCAUUGGCAACCGUCGAUGUCAACGAGAACUAA